AUGACAGAUCUAUAUGGCCCAACUAAUGCGGUGAUGUGCAAGAUAUUGCGCUCAACUCUCUCCGAACUAGCAUUGAGCUGGUUCAACUCGUUACCCACUGGGUCAGUUGAAGCUCUCUCCCAACUGACGGAUCGCUUAACCAACCAUUUCGCUAUCAACAAAGAGUACGCUAAGACUCUCACAUACCUCUUCACUAUCACCCAGAGAGAGGGCGAAACCCUCCGCAACUACAUUCACCGAUUUGUAGAGGCAGCUCAUGAAGUUCCUAACGUGGGAGAAAGCAUGCUCUCUGAAAUCAUUCAACAAAACUUGAAGCAAGGUAGAUUCAAGGAAUCUAUCGCCGGAAGACCUCCAGUCACUCUGGAUGAGUUAUUGAGUCGCGUUGGGAAACACGUGCGCAUUGAAGAAGCUUCGACCAUCGCUCCUCCCAAGAGAAAAAGAGAUAAAGAUCAUUUCGACACCAGGAGACGAGAUGAUCGACGACAAUCGUCGACAUCUCAUGGACGAUCUCCUUCUACGCCUCUGGACUUCCAAUGA